UUGUCUCCAUCUGUGGCGGGAUUUUCCAGCAUGGCGGUGCAGCCGAAGCAGAACCUUUCCAUGGACAGCGCAGCCGAGCAUGGCUUUCUUAACUUCAUUUUUUCCAUGCCGGAGAAACCGGACACUACGUUUAGGAUAUUUGACCGUAACGACUAUUACACCGUUCACGGGAAAGACGCCAUAUUUGCUGCAAAGGAGGUUUUUAAAACGAAUGGGGUCAUCAAAUAUUUGGGAUCAGGGAGUCGCAAGCUGGAGAGUGUGAUCCUGAGUAAGCUGAACUUUGAGGCCUUUGUGAAAGACUUGCUCCUGGUGAGGCAGUACAGAGUGGAGGUGUACAGGAACCACAGCAAGAGCAGCAAGGAGCACGACUGGAGGAUUGAGUUCAAAGCCUCCCCUGGAAACUUGACUCAGUUGGAGGAGAUUCUGUUUGGCGGUGGAACAGGAGCUGAGGGCUGUGCAGGAGUCGUGGCUGUGCGGUUUGCCACGGGAACCGAUGGACAACGCGUGGUUGGGGUUGGCUACGUGGAUGCAGCCCAGAGGACUAUGGGAGUUUGCGAAUUUCCAGACAAUGAAAUCUUCUCCAACUUGGAGUCCCUGCUUGUCCAAAUCAGCCCUAAAGAGUGUCUCUUAGCUCAGGGUGAAUGCAGCACUGAUGGGAAUAAGCUGCGGGAGGUGGUACAGCGUGGUGGCAUGCUGGUGUCCGAUAGAAAGAGAGCAGAUUUUAGCAGCAAGGACAUUGUCCAGGAUCUCAACAGGUUGCUGAGGGCCAAGAGAGGAGAGACAGUCGUGAGCAACACCCUGCCGGAACUGGACAAACAGGUGGCCAUGUCAUGCUUGGCUGCAGUGGUGCGUUUCCUUGAACUACUCUCUGAUGAGUCCAACUUCAACUCCUUCAGCCUCACCACUUUGGACCUGGGUCAGUACAUGAGGCUGGACAAUGCUGCUGUCAGAGCUCUUAACCUCUUCCAGGGUUCACCCGACGACACCAGCGGAGCUCAUUCAUUGGCCGGUUUAUUGAACAAGUGCCGAACUCCACAGGGUCAGCGGCUGGUCAAUCAGUGGAUCAAACAACCGCUCAUGGACAAAACCAAAAUUGAAGAGAGACUGGACCUGGUGGAGAGUUUUGUGUGUGACUCCGAGCUGAGGCAGACCUGUCAGGAGGACCUGCUGCGCCGCUUUCCAGAUCUUCAUCGUCUAGCCAAGAAGUUUCACCGCCACUCUGCGACACUGCAGGACUGCUAUCGCGUCUACCAGGCUGUGAGCCAGAUCCCCGCCCUCAUCGCAGCACUGGAGAGAUACUCGGGCAGCUACCUGGUUCUGCUGCAGGCAGUGUUCAUCUCUCCUCUUAAAGACCUGCAGACGGACUUCACCAAGUACCAGGAGAUGAUUGAAACCACAUUAGACAUGAACCAGAUCGACCACCACGAGUUCCUGGUUAAGGCGUCGUUUGAUCCGGUGUUGAGCGAGCUCAGAGAAAAGAUGGAUGAUCUGGAAAAGAGCAUGCAGGCAGUGCUGAGCAGUGCAGCCAGAGAACUGGGUCUGGAUGCUGGUAAGACCGUGAAGCUGGAGUCCAAUGCCAUGCUGGGUUUCUACCUCAGAGUCACAUGCAAGGACGAGAAAAGUCUCAGGAACAACAAGAAAUUUACCACGCUGGACGUUCAGAAGAAUGGAGUGCGCUUCACAAACAGUAAGCUGAGCUCUUUGAAUGAAGAGUACACCAAGAGCAGGGAGGAGUAUGAGGAGGCUCAGAACGCCAUCGUCAAAGAGAUCAUCAACAUUGCCUCAGGGUAUGUGGAUCCCCUCCAGACGCUGAGCGAUGUGAUUGCACAGCUGGAUGCAGUGGUUAGCUUUUCUGUGGCGUCUGUCUCGGCUCCAGUGCCGUACGUGCGACCCAGCCUGUUAGACGACAGCUGCAGGCGAAUGGAGCUGCUGCAGGCCAGACAUCCCUGCAUGGAGACGGAUGCAGACACCGCCUUCAUACCUAACGACAUCACCUUUGUCCAAGGCGAAAGGAGCUUCUAUAUUAUAACGGGUCCAAACAUGGGGGGAAAGUCCACGUUUAUCCGGCAGGUGGGCGUGAUCGCUCUAAUGGCUCAGAUCGGCUGCUUCGUGCCAUGUGAAAAGGCAGAGUUAAGCGUGAUUGACAGCGUCCUCGCAAGAGUGGGAGCAGGAGACAGUCAGGUGAAAGGAGUUUCCACCUUCAUGUCGGAGAUGCUGGAGACUGCUGCUAUCCUGCGCACGGCCACUGAGAACUCGCUCAUCAUAAUCGAUGAACUCGGCAGAGGCACGUCCACAUACGACGGCUUCGGGCUUGCCUGGGCGAUCAGUGAGCACAUUGCGUCAAAAAUUGGCUGCUUCUGCCUUUUUGCCACUCACUUCCACGAGCUGACUGUGCUGGCAGCACAGCAGCCCACCGUCCACAACCUGCAUGUCACGGCCCUGACGUCCCACAACACGCUCACCAUGCUGUACAGAGUUAAACCAGGUGUGUGUGACCAGAGCUUUGGGAUCCACGUCGCAGAGUUGGCUUGUUUCCCACCAUCAGUACUGGCUGUGGCGAAAGAAAAAGCGGAGGAGCUGGAGGAGUUCCAGGAACCUGCAGGGGAGAAAUCUGAGCAGGAGGAAGAGCCUGAAGCCAAGAAACGGCGGACAGAUAAACAAGUUGGAGAAAGCCUGAUCCAGGACUUUCUGCAGAAGGUAAAGUCACUUCCUGUUGCCACCAUGAGUGAGGAGGAGGUGAAAGUGGAGCUCAGAAGAAUGAAGCAGGAGCUUGUUGCUAGAAACAACACGUACAUCAGUGAAGUCCUUGCCCGCUGCAUUCCUGCAAAAACUGCCUGAAAAAUAAACUUCUGUUUAGUUUUAAGUUCAUCUACUGUAGGAAACCACACAAGGGCGCUUAUACUGUAUAGUUUUUCAAUAAAGACGUUUUCUGUAA